CUGCUAAGGAUCUUUGGUCGGGGCGGUAAAUCAGACACAUCAACCGCAGUUCGGCCCGAGCCGCAGCGCCUAUUCGUCCAUAGCAGAAAACCGAGGCCGCCGCUCCCCUCCGCCGAGAGGCCCGCCCUGGCUGCCCCCGGCCACGCCCAAUACCCGUCCGAUGGCCGCCGCCGUGCACCUCCGCCCACUCCACUCGCUCGCCCCCCCUCUCCAUCUCCCUUUCCCCGCGGCGAGGAGCGCGCCCAACUGGCCCCCGUUCCCUGGGAAAGCAAGGGCGAGGAGGAGGGGCAGCAGCAGCCGCCUCACUCUGUUCGUUUGCUCUGCUUCGACCCCCGAGCCCUCGGGAGGGGGUAAGGCGAGGGAGGCCGCCGCGUCGGCCGCGGCCAGGUGGGCUGAGUGGAUACCGCGCACGGUAGCUGGCGGGGUGGGGCCGGAGCAGGUGCUCAGGCUCAUCUCCGGAGCCGCGGCCACACCCGUCUGCCAGUUCGUCGACAGCCCACGCACCUUCCUCCACGCCGUCGACCCGCGCGUCAAGCUGGUGUGGCUCUUGGCUCUUGUUGUCCUACCAGCCAGGUCAAAUAUUUAUAUGCGGUUUGGUUUGGUAAUAUUCCUGGCUCUUCUUUCAGUGUGGGUUUUGCCAAAUCAUGUUUGGAAGGAUCAACUUGGGAGGGUUGCUCUCCUUUCAGGAAUCAUAUUCAUAAUGCUGGGAUUUGGUUCCGAUGGUGUGCCUUCAUUAGUUCAGACGAGAACUCCUCCCCCUUCUGUUCUAGGCAUACCGAGCAUUCCUUGCUCCACAAGCGGGUAUUCUUACACAAUCAUGAAAUUGGGUCCACUACAAUUUACAAGGAAAGGCCUAUCAGUAGCAAGUACUUCGGCGAGCCUCUCCUUUGCGAUAUUCCAAAGUGCAAGUCUCUGCUUGACAACAACCACUCCUGAGCAGCUUGCUUCUGCUUUGUGGUGGUUCGUGAUUCCACUGAAGCACAUUGGUGUGCCAGUACCUGAGAUAAUACUGACGCUACUACUCUCGUUGAGGUUCAUUAAUUUAGUAUUUGAUGAGGUUCGCAACUCAGCACUGGCGAUUGUAGCGCGCCGGAUAAAUUGGAAAAUGCUGACAGCUAUGGAAACUAUAGAUAUUUUCUUCAACUAUGUCCAGCGAAUAUUUAAAAAUAUAUUUGAUCAUUCAGAGCAAAUAUCCAAGGCAAUGAUAGCUAGAGGAUUUCGCGGUGAUCCAAGCAAUCACAAGAUCUACUUUCUUACAGAAUCUUCAUUUGGCAUUGUGGAUCUCUUUUCAUUGCUUUGCCUAUUUGCUCUAAUGGGCCUCGCUUCCUUUUCUGAUCAGUUGGUUUGAUGGUACCAAAAAGGAACUGGUCAAGAUUUAUCAUGUGAACUUCAUCCCAAUGUUGGACCAAAAUGUGAUUAAAGAAAAUCAAUUUUGGGGCUUCUUGGAGCAGCACGUUCAAUGCUGUGCAAAACAAAGAACAAGAUUUGUUGAGAUAAAAAACUAGAAUUCAUGGUGUAUAUAUGUGCUCCAAGCCGGUGAGUUAAGUAUAUGUGCUUUAUUACACUAACAUGACACCAAGCCGGUGAGUUAAGUAUAUGUGUUUUAUUAUAUCUAAACAAAAGAUGAGAUGUCCAUGUCAAUGUCCAUUGUUCUGAAGAAGUUUCUGAUUAUGCCAACUGAUUUCUGUUAUUUGUAGGCGCAUCAUUACAUGCGUCCUUUGAAAAGCCAGCAGCGGAAGGCUAAGCGCACAUUAUUUUAAGUGUUUGUGUUUGAUGAUGUUUGUUAGAAUUGAUCCUAUGAUCAAAAAGGAAUAUUGCUAACGAAUGCUGUCCAAAGGGGCAUCCUGUUGUAUUAAACUGUCGUACGACUAUCCUACGAGUGAAAUCCAAAACUGUAACAAGAAAGAUGGUUUUACUCCAAUUGAGAGCAUUGAAUUAUUCUUUUGUUUA